AUGAAUGCUCAACAGAAGAGAAGAAAUGUUGAUGAAAAUGGAGAUGCAGGAGUAGACUUUGGCCUUGUUUCAUCCAUCAGCAAUGGAGAAGACUUGGCUCCAAUUGUUCGGCAUGCUUUCGAAAUCGGAAAGCCGGAAAGUCUUGUUCAUCAACUCAAGAAUGUUGUCAUCAAAAAAGAAGCUGAGAUUGAAGAUCUCUGCAAACUUCACUAUCAAGAUUUUAUCCAUGCAGUGGAUGAGCUUCGAGGAGUUUUAGUUGAUGCCGAUGAUCUAAAAGGCAAGCUUUCCGGCGAGAAUCACCGUAUUCAAGACGUCGCAAACUCUCUCCUUCUGAAGCUUGAUGGUCUUCUUCAGAUGUAUUCAAUCAAGAAGAAUGUUACAAUGGCAAUUAGGACAUUGAAGUUGUGCAUUCAAGUGUUGAGUUUAUGCCAAACUUGCAACAACCACAUCUCAACUGGCCAUUUUUAUCCUGCAUUGAAGAGUUUGAACUUGCUUCAAAGGGAUUACAUUCAUAACAUUCCUGUUAAGAACCUCAAGAGGGUCAUUGAGCAAAGCAUUCCUCAAGUGAAACUUCAUAUUGAGAAAAAAGUUUGCAGUGAGUUCAAUGACUGGCUUGUUCACAUUAGAUCCACUGCUAAAGAAAUCGGUCAGCUUGCUAUUGCGCAUGCCACUUCUUCUCGGCAGAGAGAUGAAGAAAUGCGGGCUCGACAAAGAGAAGCUGAAGAGCAAAGCCGGUUAGGCGUGAGCCAUUGUUCGUACUCGUUGCAUCUCGAUCAAAUCGAUGAUGAUUCACUGGUUGAAUUUGAUCUCACACCUGUUUAUCGUGCUUAUCACAUACACACUUUCCUUGGCAUCGAAGACCGGUUUCGUGAUUAUUAUUACAAGAACAGGAUGAUGCAGCUGAAUUUGGACUUGCAGAUUAGCACAGUUCAGCCAUUUCUUGAAUCUCAUCAGCCAUUCUUCGCUCAGAUUGCCGGUUAUUUCAUCGUUGAGGAUCGAGUUUAUCGUACUGCUGGUGGCUUGUUAUCUGAUACACAGGUUGAGGCAAUUUGGGAGAGUGCUGCUGCAAAAAUGACAGCAAUCUUAGAACAUCAAUUCUCUCGAAUGGAUACCGCAAGCCAUUUGUUACUGAUCAAGGACUUUGUCACAUUAUUAGGUUCGACACUCAAGCGAUAUGGAUACCGAGUUACUCCAUUGAUGGAAGUUCUUGAUAGCACUAGAGAUAAAUACCAUGAACUUCUACUCGCUGAAUGCCGAAAACAAGUAGCUGAUAGUCUUGCCAAUGAUACAUAUGAGCAAAUGGUAAUGAGGAAAGAGUAUGAAUACAACAUGAAUGUAGUGGCAUUUGAACUACAAUCCUCCGAUAUAAUGCCUCGAUUUCCUUAUGUCGCUCCGUUCUCUUCAUCGGUCCCUGAUGUUUGUCGUGUCAUUCGAUCUUUUAUCGAGGAUUCAGUUAGUUAUUUGUCAUAUGGAGGUCAGAUGAACUUGUAUGAAGUGGUCAAGAAGUACUUAGACAAACUUCUGAUUCAGGUAUUGAAUGAGGCAUUGAUAGAUAUAAUUCAUGGAGGCACUUUAGGGGCAUCACAGGCAAUGCAGGUUGCGGCGAACAUUACUGCUUUCGAACAUGCUUCGGAUGUUUUCCUCUGCCAGGUUGCUCGGUUGUGCGGCGUUCCUGUUCGAAUGGUCGAAAGGCCAAAUGCCGGACUCACCGCCAAGUCUAUACUAAGAGCCUCGCAAAAUGGUGCAUACAACUCAUUGCUGAUGCUAGUAAACUCAAAAUUGGAUGAGUUCAUGCAACUGACAACAAAUGUCAAUUGGAUUACCGACGAGCCACCGCAGAACGGUAACGAGUACAUGAACCAAGUUAUUAUGUAUUUAGACACGACGUUAACGAUGGCGGAGCAGAUACUGCCUUUGGAGACUCUGUACACAGUUGCAACUUGUGCCAUGGAACACAUUUCUGACUCAAUUGUGAAUGCAUUUCUCAGUGACACAGUGAAGAAGUUCACUGUGAGUGCUGUUAAUGGUAUUAACAUUGAUCUGAAGUUAUUAGAGAUAUUUGCAGAUGAGAAGUUUAACACAACCAGUUUGAGUGAAUUCAAGAAAGAUAGGAGUUUAAGAGAUUGUUUAAUUGAAGCAAGGCAGUUAAUUAAUCUUUUGGCAAGUGAUAAUCCAGAGAGAUACUUGAAUGCAGUGAUUAGAGAAAAAGAUUAUGGUGCAUUGGAUUACAAGAAAGUGGCUACAAUUUGUGACAAGUUCAAGGAAGGAGCAGAAGGUUUGUUUAGCUUGACUAACAGAAAUAAUAAACAAACUGCUCGGAAAAAAUCUCUUGAUUUGCUGAAGAAAAGACUGAAGGAAUACAAUUAA